ACGUUGCAGACCCAGUCAGUAUUUCCGAAGCCUCCAGGAUGGUUGGUGAUAAACGGAUUGACGGCAGCAUGAAUCUGAUCAUUAACAACGCUGCCAUUAAUGCCGUUGUCGUGAACGAUGGGAACAACCCCCCUGGCACACUAGCAGUGACGGGCAAGAAGGAGAUGGUGGAUUUGUUUGUCACCAAUGCAGUGGCACCCAUGCUCUUCGCUAGAGUCAAAACAAACACUAUCACAUGAACUUCUGAAGUCCUUUGUCUUACUGUUUCAUUGUUUACCUACACCCUGCUCAGGAAUUUUGUUAUGGUGUACUUCAGUGGAGGCUCCUCAGAGGAGGAAGGGGAGGACCAUCCUUCUCAGUGAAUUUCACAACAAUACAAAUAGUGAAACAUUAAAACUAUACUAAAUAUAUUCACGUCACCAAAUCAUUUAUUAAAACACACUGUUUUCAAAUGGUCUAUAGUAGCCUCAAAAGCACUCUGUAGGGUAGAACCAUGGUAUAGCCGGAGGAAAGCUAGCUUCUGUCCUCCUUUGGGUACAUUGAUUUCAAAACAAAACCUAGGAGGCUCUUGGUUCUCACCCCCUUCCAUAGACUUACACAGUAAUUAUGACAACUUCCGGAGGACGUCCUUCAACCUAUCAGAGCUCUUGCAGCAUGAACUGACAUGUUAUCCACCCAAUCAAAGGAUCAGAGAAUGAAUCUAGAACUGAAAGCAUAAGCUACAGCUAGAUAGCACUGCAGUGCAUAAAAUCUAGUGAGUAGUUGACUCAAAGAGAGAGAACGACAAUAGUUUAACAGUUUUGAACAAAUUAAUUUAUUCCAAAAUUAAGGAGACGCGAGAGAGUGAGAGAGAGAGAGAGAGAGAGAGAGAGAGAGAGAAAGAGAGCGAGAGCGCUAGGUAUAUUUGGUUGUGUUUUUUUAACUUUCACUUAGCUAGCUGAAUGCAGCUAGCUAGUUUAGCCUACUCAUAAACACCCGGCUCAGACAGAGAGGGAUGCUAUGUUAGCUAACUGGCUAUGGCUAUCCAACACUGGAACUCUUACAAGUCAAGGUAAGCUUUUGGUUUUAUUAAUUUAUUGCCAACGGGGCCCACCGGUGUAACUACUAAACUGCUUUCUGACUGUACACUGUACUGCAUGAUUGUAGCGUUAGUUCUAGUAGCUAUGUUGACUAAGAGGUGCCAACGAUGUAGGCUGUGUGUAGUGGUUAGCAGUCAACAUGAUAUAACUUGGAAAGGUUUUUUCGCCAUGGCCCCUCCCUGUCUUACAGAGUCAGCAAGGUAUGCCACCAUCAGUAGGCCUACAGUGGCUUGCGAAAGUAUUCACCCACCUUGGCAUUUUUCCUAUUUUGUUGCCUUAUAACCUGGAAUUACACAACAUGCCUACCACUUUGAAGAUGCAAAAUAUUUUAUAUUGUGAAACAAACAAGAAAUAAGACAAAAAACAGAAAACUUGAGCGUGCAUAACUAUUCAACCCCCCAAAGUCAAUACUUUGUAGAGCCACCUUUUGCAGCAAUUACAGCUCCAAGUCUCUUGGGGUAUGUCUCUACAAGCUUGGCACAUCUAGCCACUGGGAUUUUGUCCCAUUCUUCAAGGCAAACUGCUCCAGCUCCUUCAAGUUGGAUGGGUUCCGCUGGUGUACAGCAAUCUUCAAGUCAUACCACAGAUUCUCAAUUGGAUUGAGGUCUGCGCUUUUACUAGGCCAUUCCAAGACAUUUAAAUGUUUCCCCUUAAACCACUCGAGUGUUGCUUUAGCAGUAUGCUUAGGGUUAUUGUCCUGCUGGAAGGUGAACCUCAGUCCCAGUCUCAAAUCUCUGGAAGACUGAAACAGGUUUCCCUCAAGAAUUUCCCUGUAUUUAGCGCCAUCCAUCAUUCCUUCAAUUCUGACCAGUUUCCCAGUCCCUGCCGAUGAAAAACAUCCCCACAGCAUGAUGCUGCCACCACCAUGCUUCACUGUGGGGAUGGUGUUCUCAGGUGAUGAGAAGUGUUGGGUUUGCGCCAGACAUGGCGUUUUCCUUGAUGGCCAAAAAGCUCAAUUUUAGUCUCAUCUGACCAGAGUACCUUCUUCCAUAUGUUUGGGGAGUCUCCCACGUGCCUUUUGGCGAACACCAAACGUGUUUGCUUAUUUUUUUCUUUAAGCAAUGUCUUUUUUCUGGCCACUCUUCUGUAAAGCCCAGCUCUGUGGAGUGUACGGCUUAAAAUGGUCCUAUGGACAGAUACUCCAAUCUCCGCUGUGGAGCUUUGCAGCUCCUUCAGGGUUAUCUUUGAUCUCUUUGUUGCCUCUCUGAUUAAUGCCCUCCUUGCCUGGUCCGUGAGUUUUGGUGAGCGGCCCUCUCUUGCCAGGUUUGUUGCGGUGCCAUAUUCUUUCCAUUUUUUAAUAAUGGAUUUAAUGGUGCUCCGUGGGAUGUUCAAAGUGUCUAAUAUUGUUUUAUAACCCAACCCUGAUCUGUACUUCUCCACAACUUUGUCCCUGACCUGUUUGGAGAGCUCCUUGGUCUGUAUGGUGCCUCUUGCUUCGCGCUGCCCCUUGCUUAGUGGUGUUGCAGACUCUGGGGCCUUUCAGAACAGUUGUAUAUAUACUGAGAUCAUGUGACAGAUCAUGUGACACUUAGAUUGCACACAGGUGGACUUUAUUUAACUAAUUAUGUGACUUCUGAAGGUAAUUGGUUGCACCAGAUCUUAUUUAGGGGCUUCAUAGCAAAGGGGGUGAAUACAUAUGCAUGCACCACUUUUCCGUAAAUUUUUUGAAACAAGUUAUUUUUUUCAUUUCACUUCACCAAUUUGGACUAUUUUGUGUAUGUCCAUUACAUGAAAUCCAAAUAAAAAUCCAUUUAAAUUACAGGUUGUAAUGCAACAAAAUAGGACAAACGCCAAAGAGGAUGAAUACUUUUUCAUGGUCUUAUAUGAUCCUUAAUUUUCUUCUGGUUGAUUGUGGUACAACUUCCUACUGUGAUGAGUGUGAUGGAAAGGAGUCCGGCGCAGGAGGGUAAUCACCGAAUACAGAGUUUACUCCUUCGUAGACACACAAAUGCUGUCAAAAAGCGAUCAACGAAACAGGCACAGGGGAAACUCUACCCUGGCAACAAUAUGUACGAGUAGCUCCACCGAGCUACACUCCUCUCACAAAAUAACAAUCACCCACAAGGACAAGGGGGCCGAGGGAACACUUAUACACAGACUAAUUCGGGAUACGAACCAAGUGUGUGUGAUUGACAAGACAAGACAAUUGUGAUGAUGAUUGGGGCGGCAGUGGUUAGUAAGCCGGUGACGACGAACGCAGAAGCCUGCCCGAACAAGGAGGGGAGGCUGCCUCGGCCGAAGUCGUGACGGUCAACAAAUACACUGAACAAAAAUAUAAACGCUACAUUUUACUGAGUUACAGUUCAUAGAAGGAAAUAAGCAAAUUUAAAUAAAUAAAUUAGGCCCUAAUCUAUGGAUUUCACAUGACUGGAAAUAGAGAUAUGCAUCUGUUGGUCACAGAUACCUUAAAAAAAAGGUAGGGGCGUGGAUUAGAAAACCAGUCAGUAUCUGGUGUGACCAGCACUUGCCUCAUGCAGCGCGACACAUCUUCGCAUAGAGUUGAUUGUGGCCUGUGGAAUGUUGUCCCACUCCUCUUCAUUGGCUGUGCGAAGUUGCUGCAUAUUGGCGGGAACUGGAACAUGCUGUCAUACACGUCGAUCCAGAGCAUCCCAAACAUGCUCAAUGGGUGACAUAUCUGGUGAGUAUGCAGGCCAUGGAAGAACUGGGACAUUUUCAUCUUCUAGGAAUUGUGUACAGAUCCUUGCCACAUGGGACCUUGUAUUAUCAUGCUGAAACAUGAGGUGAUGGCGGCAGAUGAAUGGCAUGACAAUGGGCCUCAAGAUCUCGUCAAGGUAUCUUUGUGCAUUCAAAAUGCCAUCGAUAAAAUGCAGUGGUGUUUGUUGUCCGUAGCUUAUGCCUGCCCAUACCAUAACCCCACCGCCACCAUGGAGCACUCUGUUCACAACGUUGACAUCAGCAAACCGCUCACCCACACAACGCCAAACACGCUGUCUGCCAUCUGCCCAGUACAGUUGAAACCGGGAUUCAUCCGUGAAGAGCACACUUCUCCAGCGUGCCAGUGGCAAACAAAGGUGAGCAUUUGCCCAUAGAAGUCGGUUACGACGCCGAACUGCAGUCAGGUCAAGACCCUGGUGAGGACGACGAGCACACAGAUGAGCUUCCCUGAGACGGUUUCUGACAGUUUGUGCAGAACCUCUUCGGUUGUUCAAACCCACAGUUUCAUCAGCUGUCCGGGUGGCUGGUCUCAGACCAUCCCGCAGGUGAAUAAGCCGGAUGUGGAGGUCCUGGCCUGGUGUAGUUACACGUGGUCUGCGGUUAUGAGGCCGGUUGGAUGUACUGCCAAAUUCUCUAAAACGACUUUGGAGGCGGCUUAUGGUAGAAUAAUUUACAUUAAACUAUCUGGCAACAGCUCUGGUGGACAUUCCUGCAGUCAGCAUGCCAAUUGCACGCUCCCUCAAAACUUAAAACAUCUGUGGCAUUGUGUUGUGUGGCAAAACUGCACAUUUUAGAGCUGCCUUUUAUUGUCCCCAGCACAAAGUUUACUUGUGUAAUGAUCAUGCAGUUUAAUCAGCUUCUUGAUAUGCCACACCUGUCAGGUGGAUGGAUUAUCUUGGCAAAGGGGAAAUGCUCACUAACAGGGAUGUAAACAAAUGUGUGAACAAAAUUUGAGAGAAAUAAGCUUUUUGUGAGUAUGGAACAUUUCUGGGAUCUUUUAUUUCAGCUCAUGAAACAUGGGACCAACACUUUACAUGUUGCAUUUAUAUUUUUGAUCAGUAUACUUUCCAUGCUGAAUAACGAAGAUGUGGAUAAAAUGUGAUCGUUUGUCCUAUUCUCCAUUAGGCGGUGCUAAACAUGCUGAUACGCUGUCUGGCAGGGGACUACAAGAGAGAUGGCAUUCUGGUCAUUGCCAUCCACCCUGGCUGGGUGAAAACUGACAUGGGAGGCCCACAUGUGAGUAACGGGGGUGGGGAGAGAAUUACCUGGUUUCAUGGAUUAUAUCGAGUGAUGUUUGCAUGUUUAUGUAAAGAAUAGAAUAGAACUAUAAAGCUUAAAAGCCCACAAUUCCGUUCUGCACAAUGCACUCUACAGUACUCUGAAGUAGCAAAACUCAUAUAAUAAUUACAUAUUUGUUUAUAAGUGUAGAAUAAGGUAGGACUAGAGUCAUAGGAGAUUGGCACAGAUCUGGAAACUGUCUGUCUGUCUGUUGUGUGUUUCUAUUCGACAGGUGCUGAUGAGGACUGAGGAUAGUGCCAAAGGCAUGCUGAAUGUGAUGUCAACCCUCACAGAGAAGCACAAUGGCAGCCUUCUGGACUGGGAAGGGAAUGGUAUCCCAUGG